AUGAAAUUUCGAAUAGGCGACCAUGUUAAAGUGAAAGAGGAAUCUGGGCAGAUAAGAUAUAUAGGAAACACCAAGUUUGCUCCUGGUACAUGGUUUGGAGUUGAAUUAAGCAGGCCAGUUGGUAAGAAUGAUGGAUCGGUCCAGGGUGUUCCCUAUUUCCAAUGUCUGAAGAAAAAUGGAUUAUACGGGGUGUUUGUUAAAGAGGAUUUACUUGACGUUGUUGAAGAAGAUUUAAAGAAUGCUAGUGGCGCACUCGCCAGUGGAAGUUUAAAGAAUCUCCAGAAGCAGUUGAAAUCGGUCCUUUCUGAAAAUUCGCUAUGUAAAAAGGAAUUACAAAAGCUACGAGGUGAGAUGGAUGCGAAAUUGCAAGCAUACGAUCAUUUGGAAUCAAAAUUGGAAAUGCAACUAAUUGAUAAUCAAUACUUACAAGAAGCUAACCAUCUCCUCGAGGCAAAAGUAGCGGAGCUCACGACCAAAUUCCAAUCCUUACAGAAGGAUUACAAACUCGUAUUGGAGGAAUUGGAAGUCACUAGAGAAUUAGAGAACGAAUUGAGGUUUGUUGAUGCGGAGGCUGUUUCUCCUAAUGAAAUAAAGCUAUUAAUAGAACGGGGACAUAUUGACGAGAAAAUCAUAACUGAAUUAAAUGGAAAGGUUUAUGAUCAAGGUGUGAAACUAUCUGAAAUGCUGGAACACUUACAAGCUUCAAACAAAAAGAUCCACGACCUAAGUGCUGAUUUACUGAGUAAAAAUUUGACAAUUUCUCAUUUAAAGGAGAGAUUGGAGACUUUUUCAGACCUUGAACAAUUGACAGAAAAACUAUCAGUUGAAAACGGUGAGUUAUUGGAAAACAUACGAGAAUUGGAGAAAUCCAUUGAAGAACUUAAUCAAUUGCAUACGUUGGAUGCGAAGAUUGAGGCCAGUCUUCAAAAGAAUGAGCAAACCUUAAAGCUUGAAAUUGAAUCAUUGCAAGACAUAUUAUCAAAGGAUGAAGAGAGAAUUAAGGAACUAGAAAGGGAAGUUCGUUCCUCUUCGUCCACCUCUAACCCAAUUGAACCGAAAACUUGUACUUCUGAUACUUGUGAACACCUCGUUGAUUUGAAUGCUGUGAGAAGGAAGCUAAUCAAAGCAGAGCAGAAAUAUCAUCAGUGUGUAUUCGAGCUACAAAUUUGUGAAACAAGGAGAAUAGCCGAUGCUGAACGGGGAAAGUUUCUUGCCUCGAGCCCAUUAAGCCCAGACUAUAUCAAUCUUGUAUUCGAUGUAAAAUCCCAAUGCGAAACUUUGGAUCUUCUUUAUAAAUUUCCAGCACAAGACAGACAAUUUUUAUUUUACAAGUAUGCGAUAUCGAGGAUUCGUCAUUUUCAUCAAACCAUAUUGGCAAUUCUUGAGUAUAAUCACAAUCAUGAACUUUCAGAUGUGCUAUUCACCCAAAACAGAUCUUACAUAGAUGGCGUUCAAACAAUUAUUGAUGAGAUAGUUGGUGCUUUGAAAGAUGAUAGUGCCGAGGCGGGACUGCUGGAUUUGUGCCAUACAUGUUUAAAGAAAGGUCUUGAAUCGUGCCACAACUAUAUCGCAAAGCUAUUUCACGAUAUAGGAGAGUCACAGUAUUCAUUUCAGAAUAGUUUAUUUAUCAAGCAUGUUGAAUUUUCCCUAAGUAAAUUCUUGAGCUAUUUGGAUGAUCUAGCUUCCGUGGGGGAUAAAGACUACAACUUGUUUGAGAUGGUUGAGUCUGUUAGUAGCAUGAAGUUAAAGUAUGAUAAAGCAUUUGAUCCAGUUUUAUCCAAGCCAGGUUUAGGUUAUGCUUUAGUCAAGCUGUCUGCUAUCCCUGUAGAUGUUUUAAGCUUCAUUACGGAAGCGUUUUUUCAACUCAUCAACAUCAAGACUUUAGAUCUGAAGAAGGUGGAUGAGCUCAUUAGAGUGUUGAGAGAUCCCGCGGACUUGGGAGUUGAUAUCAAUGAAACAAUACUUGAAACAAACAUCAAAUCUAUCUAUGAAUAUGUCCAAGAAGUUCCAAAUGCCAAGGAAUUUGAACCCGACCAGGUUAACAAAGACAUUAGUGGGGCUACAGAGGUAGUAUUACUAAAGGAUAAGGAAAUUUCGGAUUUAAAAUUAAACAUAUCUUUGUUGGAGCAAAAUAUGAGGAUUUUUACCAAACAAACAACGGAUCAAAUUCAACAACUAGAGAAGCUGCUUUUUGGUAUGAAGAUUGAGGUCGAGGAAAAGUCAGCUAAGAUUGCAAUACUUCAGGAAGAAAACAAAGCUUUUCGAAACCAAACUUUGUUUCAUAAAGUUAAUUAUGAUGACAUUGAGUCACAAAAGGAUUACGAUGAAAAGAUCAGGCGAAUGGAAAAGCUAGUUGAGUUAAAAGAGCGAGCAACUACUCCAUUGAAGGAUCAAGAUUUGUCAUGGUUAGCUUUUCCCAAGAGGGCAAAGGUUUGGAAAAAGCCUACGCAUUUGCAGAGUUUGUCUCAUGAUAUCAGAAAUUUGGCUCUAUAUGCACAAUUUAUACAAAUUAGUUCUGCCAAUAAGCAAAAAUGGGUUCCUCAAAGGGCAACCCCCAAGUAUGUUAAUGCGUGUAUUGAUGAGAAAUUUAUUCGAUACAAAUCGAAGAAAAAUGUAUACUUCAAGAACGUCUCCUGA